AUGGAAAGAAAAAAAACAUUCACAUUUCACGUUCACUUGCCAGAAAAUAUUGAAAAAAUUGGGCAGCCUGUAGUUCUUGGUGAUGCUGAUGAAUUAGGUGCUUGGAAAAACCCUAUUGUAAAACUUCAUCAAAAAAAUCGAACAUAUUGGAAAUCUGACCCUGUUCCAAUAUCUAUUAUAUCUAGUAUUCAAUACAAAUAUGCUAUUCAUAUACCUAAAACAGCUCUUACGUAUAUAGAAUUUGAAGGAUUUGAUGGAAUUGAUGCUGGAGACAAUCGCACGUUGGAUGUUCAGAGAAAAAAUCAAUUUGAUAUAUGGAAAAUACAUGAAUUUGCCUUUGUAGAUUAUAUUUAUGAUUCUAUCGAAAUUAAUAACCUUAGAGAUAAAGUUUUAGAAUAUCAACACUUAUUAACCAUUCACAGUGAUCUUACGAUCCAUGCAUCAAAUCCCAAAUUUAUUAUCGAUCGAAUUGAUGACAAUAUUAAAGAAAAACGACUGUUCUUAUGUGUUCUCUUAGGGUAUUAUAUUUCAAAAAAAAGAGAAGAAGGCUCUCCUCAUGAAUUACCAAAUAAUUUCCCAUCAAACUUAUUGCUUAACACACUUGAGGAUUAUAAACAAGAAUUCUUACCUUUAGACACCAAAGAUCAAAUGCAUACUGCUAUCAUAACUUUAAUUCAGCAUAAUGCUUUUCAGAUGAAAUUUAAAUUAGAUUGGCUCAUUAUUUUUACAAUCGCUUCUGAAGUUGAUCCUGAUUACACCUUCAUUAAUCAUUUAAAAGCCUUAAAAUAUUCUGAUGAUAAAUUAGAAAAAUUCAUUGAAGGAUGUAAAAUCAUUAAACCUUAUACUCAGAAAAUUAAAUUUGAAUCUUAUGUUGAAAUUGCAAGGAACAAGUUCGAGCAAAUAUUUCUCAUNGAUCUUACGAUCCAUGCAUCAAAUCCCAAAUUUAUUAUCGAUCGAAUUGAUGACAAUAUUAAAGAAAAACGACUGUUCUUAUGUGUUCUCUUAGGGUAUUAUAUUUCAAAAAAAAGAGAAGAAGGCUCUCCUCAUGAAUUACCAAAUAAUUUCCCAUCAAACUUAUUGCUUAACACACUUGAGGAUUAUAAACAAGAAUUCUUACCUUUAGACACCAAAGAUCAAAUGCAUACUGCUAUCAUAACUUUAAUUCAGCAUAAUGCUUUUCAGAUGAAAUUUAAAUUAGAUUGGCUCAUUAUUUUUACAAUCGCUUCUGAAGUUGAUCCUGAUUACACCUUCAUUAAUCAUUUAAAAGCCUUAAAAUAUUCUGAUGAUAAAUUAGAAAAAUUCAUUGAAGGAUGUAAAAUCAUUAAACCUUAUACUCAGAAAAUUAAAUUUGAAUCUUAUGUUGAAAUUGCAAGGAACAAGUUCGAGCAAAUAUUUCUCAUGCUGAUGCGAUUGCAAAACAACCAAGAUUCUGGACGUUCCAAACAUGCUAGUAAAUUUUGGAAUAUUAUAUUACGCGCUACUGGAAGCGUCGCAAAACUUAAUUCAAACCCAUUUGUUGAAAAUAUUAAAACGUCUAUUAACGAACUUGCUGGAUUUCUUCUUGAAAAAACUAUUGAUAUUCAAUUAUUGCAACAAAUUUUAGAAUAUGAUGACGAAUACCUAUUUCGACAUUUUGAUGCGGCUGUUGUUGAGAAGAAAGCAUUAGGAGACGUAAUCGUUUCUCGAGAUGAAAUUGCAAAACUUAGAAAGAUAUAUAAUAAUUAUCAAACUCAACUCGAUGUACUCACCAAGUUUUAUAACGGAUUUUGUCCAAUCGAGAAAGUAACAGAUGUAGCUGAUUAUAUUCGAGAUGUAAAACAACAUUUGCAAACUUUAGAUAAAAUAAAGGUGAAACAAGUGUUCUUAUCGGAUCAUUGGGUAUUCCAUGAGAAAACUUUGGACAGUGCAAGAAAUUGUUACAAAUUUAAUCGAUCUCAAACUUUUCGAAAUAUCUUCGAUGCUUGUAUUGAGAAAGACGCUGCUGCAAUAAAAGUAGAAUACAUAGCACAAAAUUUAAUCCCAAUUGUUUUUGUAAAGUAUAAUGCUAUGUGUAUACAACUUAAGGAUUGGGAAAAGUUCAAAUGCCCAGAAGCAUCUUUGCUUUGGAAAAAUGUUACAGAUGUUAGUUCGGAGCUUGAUUUGAUGGAAGGCUGUAUAAUCUCUAAAAGUCAAAGGUUUGUGCAGACUCUUGAUUAUCUUUCAAAAAUUCCUCAUUGGGUCCAACGACUCGAAGAGCUAGAAAAGGUCGUGGAAAUGGAAAUCUUCAAAGUACCACACAAUGAAGAUGAUUGGCUAUCAAAAGCAAUUCGUAUUUUAAAAGAUGAUUCCAUGCACCUUGGGCAAAUUAAUAAUUUUUUCGAUUACCUUGAUAGGAAUCUUUCUAAUGUUAAUCAAGAUUGUUGGAAAUUGAUAAAAGAGUUAUCAAGCGCUGAAGAAUUUUUAAGUUUCUUAAAAAAAAUUGCCGAACAUGAUAUUAAAAAUCUGAUUAAUGGUGUGGAUGAUCAUUCGGAGGAAAGAUUGAUUCAAGAAGAUGCUGUUUCAUCACUCAUCCAAGUUAAACAAUUUUUAUUUCCUCUUAUGAAUAAAAAUAUGGAAUCUAUUUCUAAUUUGUUAAAAGAAUUACUAAAUAUCAUUAAGAAGAAUCCUACGUUAGGAAAAAAGAUUGCGUUAUGUAAUAGUAGCAAUAUGGCGCUGCAAAAUAUGUAUAAUAAUAUUCAAAAUCGUGGAGAAGUUACUAAAGAAAAAAUCAAGAAUGUUGUACUUAAUGGGGCCUUCACAUUUACACGUGACCAAGAAGAAGACAAAUGUUUAGUUUCUCUACAAUAUCCCUCUAAAUCUAAUGUGAAAUAUAAUCUAAACGAAAUAUUAGAAUUACGUGGACGGGCUCUUUUGAUUGCAAAACCAAAAAUUUCGGUUAUGAUAAAUAACAAAGAGGCAGUAAUGUCCAAAGAUAUUAUGGAUAAAUUUGUUGUCCAAGUCGAUAUUGCACAAGAAAUAAUUAACAUAGUGUCCAUGUUAAUACAAAUGGGGCAUUUUGGUUAUAGAAAAUUCGAAAAUAAAUUACAAGGAACGGAUAAUAUGAAAGAUUACCUGAAAUUUUUAAAGGAAGAACUUAAAGAAUGGCUAAAUAUAGUAGAUCGUGCACAACAAAGAUGUUAUUAUUUAACAUUCUUUCUCGCUCGCCACAUUUUAGCAUUCUAUGAUUAUUUCAUAUCAGAAAAAUUAGAUAAGGAUAAUGAAGAAGAAUGCAAAAUAUUGAUUAGAUUUGUAAACAGUAAAGCCCAAUUACCGUCAACUCGAAAAGAUAUACAAAAAAUUUUACGUGGAUCUAAAAAUUAUCUUGAGAUUCUUACCGAAAUUGGAAAUGAAUUAGAAAGAAUUUUUAGAAACGUCCCAAAACAAUCACGUAAAGUUAAAGCGACUGGACAACACAUAAUUACAGAUCUAGUUAGAAAGGGCGAAAUUUUCGUCGCUUCUUGUACUGACAAAACACGAAUUCCAAAUAUUAUCAUGUCAUUAUAUGCUAAUCAUGGAUAUUAUCCCGAACCGUGGCAACUCUUGAUAUGUACUACUUCAACUACGAUGGAGGAACUGACAAACUUCAUAAAAAGAAGUUUAUUCGCAUCGAAUAAUGGAUAUGAAAAUCGCUUAUUUUGUAUUGCAAAUUUAGAAUUAUUAGACUUUGAAUUACAAUUUAAUUUAAUUAACCAAAUUAAAUUAACACGAGAUCAAGAAGAUUAUUUUUUGGCACUUAUCUGUUGCAGAGGAAUUGAAAUGCAUCAUCAUAUUUUAGAUCAAUUCUCUUCAGAUGCUUAUGUGACUAAUGGCUUAAACACUGAUGCUAUGAGAGAAAUUUAUAAGGAGUUAUGUCAAAAUGUUAUACGUGUCUCUUCUGAAUUAUCUGGGCAGGGUAAAACUGAUUGGAUUAAAGAAGAUAGUUUAAGUAAAGAGAAAUUUACAUGUAGUUUUUUAAUAAGCGAUGGUAUGGAUUUUUGCAGGCUUGUACGUCAAUUCAAGGAAUAUAAACUUCGACCUGUAGAAAGUUUACAUAUCAAUAUAAUUUCAGCUAACUAUCCUGAAGACGUUAACAUGUUUUUAUUUGAGUUAUUAACUUUGGGUAUAGUUUCAACUAAUGUCGAUAUAGUUUGCUUGCCUUUAUCAGAAACACCAACAUAUAUUUAUAUAGAAGUAGCCUCAAAUACAGAACAGCAUUUACUUAAUUCUCUUCCCAUGACAGGAUAUUUAUUGUUCAAUCAUUUAACUUGGAAUAUUAAAAAUUUGAGAGUUUCUCAAGAAAUUCAUAGUCCAAUUCAAGUUGCUUGUAAUUAUAUGAAUUUAUUGGAUAAUAGUGAAAUAGAUAUAAAAGAAAACCUUUUCAAGAAACAUAAGGCAAUUAAAGAACCAUUACCAGUAGAACGUUGCCAAAAUCUCAUUGAGAAAUAUUUAUUUAACAAAGUUACCAAAGACAUUUCUUCAUUUAGAUUCGUUGAAAUAUUUAUUAAUGUACUAGCAGAUCAAUUGGUUCGAUUUUCAUCAAGUCAAUUAUUUACCGUAGAUAAACUUAAAUUAAUAGAAGAAUUUAACAUUACUAGAAUUCUUAUAUUAAGAAACUUUAUAGAUGUUUCAAGAGAUUUUGCAACCAAUUCUAUUAAAACAAAAGAGGCACAGCUGAAAUCUACAAGUGCUGUCAUAGUAGAUGCUGAUGAUGAAAAAGCUCGUCGUGGUACAAUUGUUCAAUGGGACGACUCAAAUCAUCUUAUAGUAUUUUUCAAUUCUCAGACUCCCGAUACAAUAUCAGUUUUGUAUCGUGACAGAAAUAAAGUUCAUGAAAAUAUAAAGACUUUGUUAAAAGGUCAAGUAAUUGGUGAUCAAACAAAAUGGGAAUUAGAAGAUUAUAAUUCGAUGUCCGCAAAUGCCCUCUUCGUAAAGUUGGAAUAUUUGGCGCGAAGAUCGACAGAAAAAUUAGAUCUCCCUGAAUAUGCCUUAUCUGGUGACAAUUUAAUAAAGAUGGCUUUAAUUCUUCUAAGAGCACGUGCGAACAUUCCGGUCAUAGUUUGUGGUGAAGCAGGGUGUGGCAAGACAAGCUUAAUUGCCUAUUUGGCCUUGAUUGUUGAAGUUCAAUUCAUGGCUCUUAAUCUGCAUGCUGGAAUUGAUGAAAGAAUUAUUAUGAGGUUUAUGAAUGACGCUUUGAAAAAAGCAGAAAAGGGAGAAAUUUGGUUAUUCUUUGAUGAGAUCAAUACUUGCAAUCAUAUAGGUUUACUUGCAGAUUUAAUAUCUCGUCGAAUGCUUAAUGGCAAACUUAUACAUCCAAAUAUUCGUUUAUUCUCUGCCUGUAAUCCGUAUCGUAUUCGUAAAAGAACUCCAAGUAAAACUGGUUUGAUAAAUAAGGUUAAAAUGUACGAAGAACGGAAUCAUCUUGUUUAUCAGGUCAAACCACUUCCUGAUCAAAUUUUAGAUUAUGUUUGGGAUUAUGGUAUUCUGAAACCAGAAGAUGAAUACAGAUAUAUUCAUAUCAUGGUUGAAAAAGAAUUAAAAAAAUUAGCGCAUCCUGCAUUUGCAGAACUCUUAUAUGCUUCCCAGAAAUUUAUUCGAAAUGUUGAAGAAUCAUAUAGUGUUAGCUUACGUGAUGUGAAACGAGCUAUAACGUUGGUGAAAUUCUUUUAUAAUUCUCUUGAAAAUCGUCCGGCUUACAAGAAGGGUCAUAAUUAUCCACCACCUGGAAAUCCAACUAUAAAGACUAGGUCUUAUGUUUUAGCGCUUAGUCUUUGUUACCAUUCUCGUUUAGAUGAUCAAAAUUUACGCAAACAAUAUCGUAGUGAAAUGGGACAAAUAUUUCAAAAUCACCAAGCUUACUAUGUAGGAGAAAGCAUGUUUGCUAAAAUUAUUCGCGAAGAACAGGAGGAUUACAUUAAUAGAAUGCAAUGUCCACCUAGUACAGCGCAUAAUGAAGCUUUAUUAGAGAAUGUUUUUGCUAUGAUUGUAUGUAUUUUGACACGAAUCCCACUGUUUCUUAUAGGGACCACUGGCUCUUCAAAAUCUUUGGCAAUUCGUCUUAUAAGUUCGAAUUUACGCGGUUCUGAUUCAAAUGAUAAAUAUUUCAGAAAGUUGCCACAGUUUUACUUAAUUCCACAUCAAGGCAAUUAUUUUUCAACUUCUGAUGGUAUAAUAAAGGCUUUUGAUAAGGCAAAUAAAUUUCAAGAAACGACUUCCAAUCAAUUUCCUGUUAUUAGUGUUGUUUUACUUGAUGAAAUUGGUUUAGCCGAGACAAGUCCUUUUAAUCCAUUAAAAGUACUUCAUUCUCUGCUUGAGCCAAGCUAUCCGGCCACAGGACCAGCUGUUUCAGUGAUAGGAAUAUCUGAUUGGCGCUUAGAUAUCAGUAAAAGUAGUCGUGCAUUACUUGUUCAAAGACCACAGUUUGAUUUACAUGAUUUAGUUGAUACUGCCGAACGUUUAUUAAAUACUAGAAUUAUUGGACAAGGAUUCGUUUUAGAACCUUUAGCUAAAGCAUAUUCGGAAUAUGAAAAAAAUGGCCAAACUUCGUCUAACUUUCACGGCCUUCGUGAUUAUUAUGCACUGGUGAAGCGUCUUUCAUUAAACGAAAUGACUCCGGGGAAUGUUCAAAUGGCAUUAGCUCGUAAUUUUGGAGGAACCGAGAAUCAUGUCAAAUUAUGUGAUCAAUAUUUUGGAAACGUUCUAAAGAUGUUUAAUAAUCAUAAGCCAUGGAUAUAUGAACAAAUUCCAAUCGGACAAUUAAUUGAUUCGAAUCUUAAUGAUUCUGAUGCACGUCAUUUAAUGGUUAUCAGUAAAAGUGAUUCAAUUGUAAAUUUGCUGACUUAUCAGCUAAGGAGGAGAGAUUUGGAUCCUGUUAUAAUUCUAGGAUCACAAUUUCCCGAUGAUCAAGAGGAUUACUAUUAUAGCGUUUUGAGGAGAAUCAUGAUGUGCGUUGAAGCAGGCAGACCAUUAAUUUUAACAGAUUUAGAAACAAUCUAUGGGAGUCUUUACGAUUUAUGGAAUCAAAAUUAUAUUGCGGUGGGAAGUGAAAAUAAUGUCAAAUACUUUACGAGAGUUGCACUUGGAGCGUAUGCCAAUCCUAUGCUUUACGUUUCGCCGAAUUUUAAAUGUAUUCUUGUUAUAAAUGAGAAUAAAUUGGAUUUGGCUGAUCCUCAACUUCUUAAUCGAUUUGAAAAGCAAAAAUUGUCAAUAAAUGACAUACUUAAUGAUAGGCAAAAAUUACUUGUAGAGUAUUUAGACAAUUGGACAAAACAAAUGUCAACUCUGGUUAAAGACAAUUCAAUUACUCAUUCAUGUAAUAAAUUCACAUUAAAGGAUUUAUUCAUUGGAUUUGAUAAAGAUGAAACUUUACAAAGUCUAAUAAUUGACAUUACAAAAAAUAAUCCCGAAUCUAAUGAUAAUGAGAUUUUAGAAAAAUGCAAAGAAUCACUAAUUGCGAUAGCAUCUUCUGAUGGAAUUAUAAGAGCAGAAUUAUCAAUUUUAGAUCAAGAUGAAGUUAAUCGAUGGAAACAUGUUUAUUAUUAUCAACAACAUCACAAUGGCCUUUCCAAUUAUUUUGACGCUUUAUUUGAUCAAGAAAAAUUGUGUUCAGAUCCUAAGGGGCAAUUGGUGAUUAUAAACACAUUUUCCAAGAUAACCAUAGAUCUCAAAUCUUGUUUACAAGAUUGUUUAAGAUAUCAAAUACAUAAUUUGUCAAUCAUUAAGACCGAAGUUCAAAUAUCAAAAAUUGUAAAAGAUUUCUUUUUUGAACCAAUAGAUCAAGUUUUAAUUCUUCAGUGUGAUAUUAAUACUAUUAAUAUUAAAUGUGUCAAAUUAGUGAAGUAUAUUAUUGAACAGUUUCGAAGCGAAUUUUUGACCAAAAAAGAAACAUGUGAAAUAAAUAUGCCUAUUAAGCAUGCAUGCAUAAUAUUUCAUAUUCGACGAGAUUAUGAAUCAAAUUCAAUAAAAUCUAAUUUUAUUUGUGGCUGGAAACAAAUUACUAUUGAGUCGUUAAAAUCACCGGAAAUACCGUUAAGCAGUGUUGGCAUUUGGCCGCGGCCAAGUCAAUUUGUUUGGCCGAUCGGCCAAAGCCAACGGGCCAAAAUUGACGGCCAAAGUUGA